GGGGGUGGGGGGUGACUGUAGAGUGAUGGGACCCGGCUGAGGGAGCAGCAGCGAGUGAUCACUCUCCGGGCUUGUAAUGACAGACAGAUGUGAAGGAUGACUUCGUGCACAGAUGUCUGUGGGUCAGACUAUGGUGAGCAUGCUCAAGCCAGCGGAAACUACCACCAGUACGGAGUCCGCUCCUACUUACACCAGUUUUAUGAGGAGUGCACAGCUUCCAUCUGGGAACGUGAUGAAGAUUUUCAGAUUCAGAGAUCGCCUAGCAGGUGGAGCUCUUUACUCUGGAAGGUCUGUCUCGCGUUUGGUACCCUGAUCUUGCUUGCGGGCCUCAUCAUUGUUUUGGUGGGCUAUGCCACUCCAGCCAGGAUCGAAGCAUUUGGUGAAGAUGAUCUACUCUUUGUUGACAGCCACGCCGUCACUUUCAACCGUGCACUGGAUGUUUGCAAGCUGACUGGUGCUGUGCUGUUCUGUGUGGGAGGCACCUCCGUGGCUGUGGGUCUCCUGCUGUCUGCCUUUGCCAAGAGCUACUCCAAAGAAGAAUUGUAUCUGCAGCAGAAGUUUAAGGAGAGGUUGGCAGAUCUGCAUGCAACAGUUGGUACCCCAAUUAUGAGAGCACCAACCCCUGGGGAGGGAAAGGUGCCCGUCACCCUUUCCAAAGUCCAAAACAUCCAGCCAGUCACCACAAAGUCAGAAACCUGAUCGACGUCCAGAUGAAGCGUGUGUGUGGACUCACUGGUGUGCAGACUCUGUAUGACUGUGCACAAGUGCGUGUGUGUUGAUCUGUGUGCAGUUUCCGUUUCUGAAAGGUCAGCUUACAUGACUGAUUGCAUUGAUUCUUCAUCUUCAUUUGUCUGAGCUUGAUUUUAAUGGGUUAAUAUAGAUAAACGAAGUUUUUGUUGUCAUACGUUCACAAUAAUUUAACACAGCACAGGCAGUCUCAAGAAAACUAAUUAGAGAACAGGCAUUUUUUUUAUCCUGUCAAGAGGAUUCACAUUUUUAUAAUGCUGGUGGCGUUAGUGCUGAAGGGUGUAGAGUAGCAAAUGCAGUGUCAUUUGAAGUUAAUGGUGAUUGGCCCCUUUUCCCAGAAAUGAUCAAAAGUUGCACUGAGCACAGUGAACCUAAUAGGAUGAGUGUCUGUCAGUGCGGAAUACUUACUGGUGAAGUGCUUACGUGAAUAGUCAGAUCAAGGGUUCAUCCAAAAAGUGCAGUCAAUCACAACAUUACCGGCAGCAGUAAGAUCCCUGCCCAUGAAUACAUAUUUUUAGCUGAGAUUUAUUUGGGCUACAUGUAACCACUAUCUAAUAGUCUCCACUGAUGCUAAAGGUUCACCAUGCCAGAACAGAUAAGACACAAAAACGGUUCAGAACAAACCUUAAGGGCAGAUUUCACACCGACAUUUCCUUCUGUCUUACCAGGCCUUUGACCUUGUUUCCUUCGGUAAAUCUUCAGACAGGAUCAAUAGACAGGACUGGACAGGCUGAUGAAAGGUGCAUUGAACCACAGAAGAGAACAUUCAGAACAGCACAGUCUGUCAGAUUCAGGCCUCUGUCCUCCCUUCUAUCUUUGAGAACUGUUUGUUUGUUUUUUUUUUGUUUUUUUUUUUACCUGAACACAUACUUUCUCCUGUCUCCUUUUGACAAAUGCAAGCAAGCGAACACACGUCUCCACUCCACAAUUUCAGACCAAAUGCUAUAAACUACCACAUGGGGCUACUUGUGAAAGUCAAGACGGAAUGAGGGCACGUCAAGAGAGACAAACAACGUGACAAGGAGGUUACAUAAUAGAGCGAGAGGGGAGAGCACAUCCAGCUCUCCAGUGAGACAUCAGCAACCUCGUAUCUGAUGAUGACUGUGAUGAUUCAAAGUUGCUUUAGAUACAGCUAUGCCUCCCUGCUCUCACACACACAACAUUUGAAAUUUCAUCAUUGCCGUCAGCUGGAAAUACGUGUGUAAUAUUAGUGGACUGAUAAGUUGCAGCAUCAUCAAAGCUUUGUUGGCAGAUUGUGCAAUCGCUUAUUUACUGUAUCUGAAACAGAUGUUCAAUUAAGAUGGAACUGAUUUUAUUUUAUACACUAACUGUAACUUACAAGCACAAUAAGCUGUCCAUUGACACGGUUUGCUGUUUUUUUAAAAUGUAGAUGUGUUUUUAAUAUGUUCUGAAAUACAGUGGCCAUGCCACUUUAAACGGUUCCUUAUUAUUAUUUUAUUCUUGCUUGUCUUCUUAGUUCAUCUCAUGAAAACACGACAUGUACUGUAAUGUAUUGCCAUUUUGGUUAGUAGAACAAGUAGUGGUAGUAAGUGGCAUACAUUUCCAAACAUGGUCCUUCCAUACUAUGUCUCAUCUUCAAAUCCAUGCAGCAACACUUACUGAUAUUACUCUAUUAUAUUAUAUUUACUGUACAAAAGGUUGAAUUGCUAUGCUGGUUACAUACUAUGUCCAUGUAAGUUGACCUUUUAUUAUCAUUGUCACAACUUCCACUCUACUUUUACUUUGAAAUAUUCUUGAAUAACAUCUUAUCGCAUUUAGAUCAAAACAACACAACAACUACGACAGGAAAUGUACUGGAAAGAAACAAAAAAUAAUACUUUCAAUUCACCACUGAGCUGCAAAAAUACAGUAGAGGAAGAAAAGCCAAGAUGUUAAACAAGCUGAUACGGACUAACCCUUGGGUGAGGUCAGAACUUUAGGUAAUGUGCUGAUUUGUAAUUGCGUUAUGUUCCAUUCUGUGUUACAAUAUCAAAUCUACAAUGAAUAUUUUUUUUCUUUUAUGCCCUGAUUCUAACUUUAACUCUCUCCUGGUGUAACAGUGAAUAAUAAAAGUAUACUGUACUUAUUGCAGAUGAGAUCAGAUUAAGAACAAAUGUCUAUAUACAGUAUGUCUAUUUUUCAAAGAACACAAUAAAACAGACGUAUCUGCAGCUCAA